UGGGGUGGUUUUCGUGCUUCCUGGAUGUAGCAUCCGCGCGGGCUGUGGGAGUCCCACGCCAGCUAAACUACUCGGGGUUCAGCCGUGGGAGGAGGUGGCCAGGCCUCCUGUCACUCAGAGUGGAGAGGAAGAAAGAAGCUGCUAAACUUGGUGCCGAGGGAGCCAGGGCGGGAAGCCCUCCGGCUUGGGGAGAAGUGGUGGCGGGAAGGGUACAGCUCUCCCGUCCGGGCCACGAUCCCUGUUAGGAGUGCCCCGCGUGUCUGCGAGGGAUGAGUCUAACAAAGCAAAAGACACACACAGAUGCAGGGGGAUCCGAACCCCAGCGCUUCUCUCAUUGACAGAACCAUCAAGAUGAGGAAAGAAGCGGAAGCUAGGAAGGUGGUUUUAGCCUGGGGACUGCUGAAUGUGUCUGUGGCCGGGAUGAUAUAUACUGAAAUGACUGGAAAAUUGAUUAGUUCAUAUUAUAAUGUGACAUACUGGCCCCUUUGGUAUAUUGAACUUGCCCUCGCAUCUCUCUUCAGCCUUAAUGCCUUAUUUGAUUUUUGGAGAUAUUUCAAAUAUACUGUGGCACCAACAAGUCUGGUUGUUAGUCCUGGACAGCAAACACUUUUAGGGCUGAAAACAGCUGUUGUACAGACUACUCCUCCACAUGAUCUGACAGCAACACCAAUCCCUCCUUCUCCGUCUUCUCCUUCAAUUCAGGGUCAGAGUGUAUUGAGUUAUAGCCCAUCUCGGUCACCCAGCACGAGCCCCAAGUUCACCAGCUGUAUGACCGGAUACAGCCCUCAACUGCAAGGUCUGUCCUCUGGUGGCAGUGGCUCUUACAGCCCCGGAGUGACCUACUCGCCUGUCAGCGGUUACAGCAAGUUGGCGAGUUUCAGCCCCUCUCCUUCUUCCCCGUACCCUACCACUGUUGGGCCAGUGGAGAGCAGCGGGCUGAGGUCUCGCUACCGUUCUUCACCCACCGUCUAUAACUCGCCCGCUGACAAGGAGGACUACAUGACAGACCUGCGGACUUUGGACACUUUCCUUAGAAGCGAAGAAGAGAAACAGCAUAGAGUUAAGCUGGGGAGCCCAGAUUCCACCUCUCCUUCCUCCAGUCCUACGUUCUGGAACUACAGUCGUUCUGUGGGGGAUUAUGCACAGACUUUAAAGAAGUUUCAGUACCAGCUUGCCUGUAGGUCUCAGGCCCCUAGUGCUAACAAAGAUGAAGCUGAUCUCAGUUCUAAACAAGCUGCAGAAGAGGUUUGGGCAAGAGUGACAAUGAAUAGACAACUUCUUGAUCAUAUGGAUUCUUGGACAGCCAAGUUUAGAAAUUGGAUCAAUGAAACCAUAUUAGUGCCACUUGUACAAGAGAUUGAGUCUGUCAGCACUCAGAUGAGAAGAAUGGGUUGUCCAGAGCUACAAAUAGGAGAGGCUAGUAUUACCAGCUUGAAGCAAGCUGCCCUGGUCAAAGCCCCUCUCAUGCCUACUUUGAACACGAUUGUGCAGUAUCUAGACCUUACACCAAACCAGGAGUACUUAUUUGAAAGGAUCAAAGAACUUUCUCAGGGAGGCUGUAUGAGCUCGUUUCGAUGGAACAGAGGUGGAGACUUCAAAGGACGCAAGUGGGACACAGACCUGCCCACUGACUCUGCUAUCAUCAUGCAUGUCUUCUGCACCUACCUCGACUCCAGGUUGCCUCCGCAUCCUAAGUACCCUGACGGGAAAACGUUCACCUCUCAGCACUUGGUUCAGACCCCAAACAAGCCAGAUGUUACAAAUGAGAAUGUCUUUUGCAUUUAUCAGAGUACUAUCAACCCUCCCCAUUACGAGCUCAUCUACCAGCGCCAUGUCUACAAUCUUCCAAAGGGCAGAAAUAAUAUGUUCCACACGUUGUUAAUGUUCCUCUACAUCAUAAAGACCAGAGAGUCAGGAAUGCUUGGAAUGGAUAGUGAGAGAGAGAGACAGAGAGAAAGGUCUUCCUUUACCGUUGGUUCACCCUCCAAUGGCCGCGGCCGGCGCACCGCGCUGAUCUGAUGGCAGGAGAGUUAAUCUCGGCCUAUCCGGUGUGAAUAUUUUGUGGAUCUUUGGAGAGUAGCGAGUCGUUUAAUUCCAAACAUUUGGACUUUCAUUUCACUGAAGCAGAAUAAGCCUGUAUGUGUUGUGUCCUGAAAUAAGAUACCACGCACACGUCGCGGACUUGCCGCCACUGUGCAGCUCCCAUGUGUCGUCCAGCCCGUAGCCGGACACCCUGCCUUUGCCUUUCUGUUACAUUGCAGAAGUUUAGUCGACUAUAAAACUACAACCCUUUGGAUUUUUGUUGAUGCUAAAUAUAUAAUACAGUUCCCCUUUAACUAAAUAGAGCCCUUUUUCAUUAUCACCCACACAUGAAAUCAUCCACUUGACUCUUCAGGACACCGCAAAAAGUUUGUUAGGGUAAGUGUUCGAAAGAAAAGUAUGAAUUCAGCUUUUUGAAUCUCUGUGUCUCUCAUUUUUUGUAAGUCAGCCCCCAAGUCCCGUCUUCAAAGAAAGGAGAUUGACUUAGAAGUAAUGUAUUAGCCCAUGGAUAUUUUUUAAAUGCGGGUAAAAGAGGUUUGACGUACUGUGUUUUUAAAAAUCACCUCUUGGAUAAAAUGUCACUGGUAGAAUUAAACUACUUGGGUUUUAGUGAAAAGUUUGAGACGUCAGGAAAACCCCCCAUUUGGUUUUAGAAGCCCAGUUCUGUUGUUCUGUAACGUUGCGUUAUUCUAGAACGGCCUUCUGUGAGACGUUAUUCUAGAACGGCCUUCUGUGAGAUCACACUGAGGCCCCUGCUGUGUAACUUUACUAGGGAGAGUGCUCAGACUGGAGAGGAGAGGUUACCAGGCCUGUCAGGUUGCCUCUGUCUGGGUUUUCUGUAAAUACUUGCAUAGGCAGAAGUUGCGUGUUCUUGAUCGACAUUGACGGCUUCCGCUGUUUCAUAGAAACUUGAAAGCAGCUAACACCAGGCCUUUGUGAAUGACCAUGCGUCAGGAUUGCUACGCAUACCGUUUUGUGUAAUUUGUCAAGUCUUUUUCAUAAGUUACUCCCAUAUUUUGAAAGAGGAUCUCCAAAUAAAAGUAACUUCCCGUAUUUUAA